UGGAUUUCGAAGAUUAUAUAAAUUGAAGAUGACAGAAAACAUGAGCUCAUCAAAGACAUUAUUGAAAAACCAUAUUCGCCAUGCAACAAGUCAUAAUAAGAUAGUUGAAGAAUCUCUAAUGUGGAGGCAGUAUGAGAUGAUGAAUGCUGAAAAAUGUCAAGAAACUUCAAGGAAGUCAAAAUACUCAAAGGACGAACCCCAUAAACAAGAGAGACAAAAAAGUUCCAGAGACAGAUUUUCUACACCAAGUGAAAGAAGUUCAUCAUUAGAUCAAUCCAAGCCCUCAUUUUACUGGACAAAAGAGUUACAGAGAGCAAAGGAAGCCAUUCCAGACAGGUGGGACCACAGUGGUUACAAGGAGUUACAUCCAGAAGAAUUCCAAAGUGGAUCUGAGACAGACAACAAAUGUAAAAGUUCUGAGGAGAAGAGAAAGGUAAAAUUAAAGAAAGAGAAACGAAAAAGAGACGGUGAAAGAAAACACAAAGAGAAGAAUAACAGCGAUGAUGAUGAACAGGAAAGAAGGAGAAAAAGAAAAAAACGGGAGAAGUUAAAAAGAAAGAAACACAAACGUAGGAGGGUAGAGGAUCAGGACUCAAGUGAAGAAGGACACAGCAAGAAGAGGGUGAAAACAUUAAAACAUAAACUGAGGCCAAAGCAGUCAGAGCAAAGUGAAAAUAAUAAGUAAAGAGGCAGAAAGACAGAGGCAGGCCAAAGGAAACGGAAAAAUAUAACGUACAGAAGAAGUCAGGAUGGAAUGUUAGUGUAUGUGCACUUGUACACAAUCUGUUUCAAAGAGGAGGAAACAAAUGCCUGUAUGUGCAAGAGUUUUAUGGUGAACUUUGUAGGUGAAUGAACAAGUUAAAGCUCUAGAGCUGGUUCAUUAGAGCUGGUUCAUUUAAAAGAAAGUGAAAUUUUACUUUUAUUUUAUAUUUUUUCAAUAAGAUUUUAAUUAGAUAAAUAAACAUGGCUUAAAAAACCAA